CUCGGCUCACAAGCCAGGGCAGGGGACCAAGCGGCAGAGAAUCCUCCGGCUGCUGAGAAGUGGAUCCUCUCGGGGCCACCAGGAUGCCAGGAGCCGCCAGGGUCCUUCUGGUCCUGCUGCUCAGUGGGGGCCUCGGGGACGGCCAGGAGCAUCGGCUGCAGCAGCUGCCCCAGGCGCAUCAGCAAAGAGGUUUAUUCCCUGCUGUCUUGAAUCUUGCUUCUAAUGCUCUCAUCACUACAAAUGCAACAUGUGGAGAAAAAGAACCUGAAAUGUAUUGCAAAUUGGUGGAGCACGUGCCUGGGCAGCCUGUGAGGAACCCCCAGUGUCGAAUCUGCAACCAAAACAGCAGCAAUCCAAAUCAGAGACACCCAAUUACAAAUGCUAUUGAUGGGAAGAACACGUGGUGGCAGAGUCCCAGUAUUAAGAAUGGAAUUGAGUACCAUUACGUGACCAUUACGCUGGAUUUACAACAGGUGUUCCAGAUUGCGUAUGUGAUUGUGAAAGCAGCUAACUCUCCUCGGCCUGGAAACUGGAUCCUGGAACGCUCACUGGAUAAUGUUGAAUACAAGCCCUGGCAGUAUCAUGCUGUGACAGACACCGAGUGCCUAACCCUCUACAAUAUUUACCCUCGCACUGGACCACCGUCAUAUGCCAAAGACGACGAGGUCAUCUGCACCUCAUUUUAUUCCAAGAUACACCCUUUAGAGAAUGGAGAGAUUCACAUCUCUUUGAUCAAUGGGAGACCAAGUGCAGAUGAUCCUUCUCCUGAACUGCUAGAAUUUACCUCUGCUCGCUAUAUUCGCCUGAGAUUUCAGAGGAUACGCACCCUGAAUGCUGAUUUGAUGAUGUUUGCUCACAAAGACCCCAGAGAAAUUGACCCCAUUGUCACACGAAGAUAUUACUACUCGGUCAAGGAUAUUUCCGUUGGAGGGAUGUGCAUCUGCUACGGUCAUGCCAGGGCGUGUCCACUUGAUCCAGUGGCAAAUAAAUCCCGCUGUGAAUGUGAACACAAUACGUGCGGAGACAGCUGUGAUCGCUGCUGCCCAGGAUUCCACCAGAAGCCUUGGCAAGCUGGGACCUUUCUGACCAAAACCGAAUGUGAGGCAUGCAAUUGUCAUGGGAAAGCUGAAGAAUGCUAUUAUGAUGAAAAUGUGGCCAGAAGAAAUCUGAGCUUAAACAUACAUGGAAAAUACAUUGGAGGGGGUGUGUGCAUCAAUUGUACUCACAACACUGCUGGUAUAAACUGUGAGACGUGUGUCGAUGGUUUCUUCAGACCCAAAGGGGUAUCUCCAAAUAAUCCACGGCCGUGCCAGCCAUGCCACUGUGGUCCAGUCGGUUCCGUAAGUGAAGUCUGUGUCAAGGAUGAGAAACAUGCUCGCCCAGGUCUGGGCCCCGGGUCCUGUCAUUGCAAACCUGGCUUUGGAGGCAUCAACUGUGAUCGGUGUGCCCGGGGCUACACUGGCUACCCAGACUGCAAACCCUGUAACUGCAGUGGUGAAGGAAGCGCAAACGAGGACCCUUGUUUCGGACCCUGUAACUGCAAGGAGAAUGUUGAAGGAGGAGACUGCAGCCGCUGCAAACCUGGCUUUUUCAACUUGCAAGCGGAUAAUCAUAAAGGAUGUGACGAGUGUUUCUGCUCUGGGGUUUCCAACAGAUGUCAAAGCUCCUACUGGACCUAUGGCAAUAUACAAGACAUGAGAGGCUGGCAUCUCACGGACAUCUCCGGCCACGUGCGAGUGGCGCCCCAGCACGACCCCGAGCUCCCCGAGCAGAUCAGCAUCCGCAGCGCAGAGGCCCGCAGAGCACUGCCUCGGGACUACUUCUGGAGCGCGCCAGCUCCCUAUCUGGGAAACAAGCUCACCGCAGUUGGAGGACGAUUAUCAUUUACUGUAUCGUAUGACCUUGAAGAAAAGGAAGAAGAGGAAGAAGACGAAGAAACAGAACACGUACUCCAGCUUAUGGUUAUCUUAGAGGGAAAUGGCUUGAGAAUCAGUACAGCCCAAGAUGAGGUGUAUCUGAAACCAUACGAAGACCAUAAUACUGUAUUGUCACUCAAAGAAGAUUUAUUUACCAGACACGGCACACACUUUCCAGUCAGUAGAAAAGAGUUCAUGACAGUACUUGCGGAUUUAAAGAGAGUCCUCAUACAGAUCACAGACAGCCUUGGGGUGGAUGCCAUCUUCAGGCUGAGUUCUGUUGGCCUUGAGUCUGCUGUGCCUUAUCCAACUGAAGGAAGCUUUGCAGCAGCUGUGGAAGUCUGCCAGUGUCCACAGGGGUACACUGGAUCCUCUUGUGAAAAGAGACACCAAGCUAAUGCUUCCUCUAAUCUCAUAUCUGCCAAUAACGCUCAGUCUUGCUGGCCUAGGCACAGACGAGUGAAUGGCACUAUUUUUGGUGGCAUCUGUGAACCGUGUCAAUGCUUUGGCCACGCAGAGUCCUGUGACGAUAUUACCGGAGAAUGCCUGAACUGUAAGGAUCACACAGGUGGCCCAUACUGCAACAAAUGUCUUCCUGGUUUCUAUGGCGAUCCUACUAAAGGGACCUCUGAAGACUGUCAGCCCUGUGCCUGUCCACUCAGUACCCCAUCCAAUAACUUUAGCCCGACGUGCCAUUUAGACCGAAGUCUUGGAUUGAUCUGUGAUGAAUGCCCUGUCGGGUACACAGGACCACGCUGCGAGAGGUGUGCAGAAGGCUAUUUUGGACAACCUUCUGUACGUGGAGGAUCAUGUCAGCCAUGCCAGUGCAAUGACAACCUUGACUUCUCCAUCCCUGGCAGCUGUGACAGCUUGUCUGGCGCCUGUCUGAUAUGUAAGCCAGGUACAACAGGCCGGUACUGUGAGCUCUGUGCUGAUGGAUAUUUUGGAGACGCAGUUGAUGCAAAGAACUGUCAACCCUGUCACUGUAACCCCAAUGGCUCCCUCUCUGAGAUUUGCCACCCUAGGACAGGACAGUGUGAAUGCAGAGCUAACGUGCUGGGCCAGCGGUGUGACAGAUGUAAGUCGAAUAUGUGGUGGGACCCAGAGAAACGAUUCUGUGUGUUGUGUGACUGCAGUCCCGUUGGCUCUGUGUCACCACAGUGUGAUGCCACAGGAAGAUGUGUCUGUAAAUCAGGCUUCGUAGGGAAACAGUGCAACCUGGGCAGGCAGGUGCACCGACAGGAGGAGCAUCCACGGAGAGUGCAGCCGGUGCUGGGGUCUCCCCAGAGGUGGGGUUCCAGCAGCUCCAGCGGGUGUCCUCGGGGAGCCUACUGGCCCGCAGCUCGGCCUGAAACCUUUGGCCUACAGUCAUCAAGAGGGUGUGCUCCCUGCAACUGCAAUUCCUUUGGGUCUAAAUCAUUCGACUGUGAUGACAGUGGUCAGUGUUGGUGCCAGCCUGGAGUGACAGGAAAGAAAUGUGACCACUGCGCCCAUGGUCAUUUCAACUUCCAAGAAGGAGGAUGCACAGCUUGUAACUGUUCUCAUCUGGGUAAUAACUGUGACCCAACGACUGGGCGAUGCAUUUGCCCUCCCAAUACCAUUGGAGAUCAGUGUUCUCAAUGCGCACCUCGUACCUGGGGCCACAGCAUCAUCUCUGGCUGCAAGGCUUGUGACUGUAACACGGUGGGAUCCUUGGAUUUCCAGUGCAACGUAAACACGGGCCAGUGCAACUGUCAUCCAAGGUUCUCUGGUGCCAAAUGUACGGAGUGCAGGAGCGGUCACUGGAACCACCCUCACUGCACUCCCUGUGACUGCUUCCUGCCCGGGACUCAGGAGGCAACCUGUGAUUCAGAGACUAAAAAAUGCUCCUGUAUCGAUCGAACGGGGCAAUGCACUUGUAAGGUGAAUGUGGAAGGUGUCCACUGUGACAGGUGCCGGUCUGGCAAAUUCGGACUCGAUGCCAAGAACCCACUUGGCUGCAGCAGCUGCUAUUGCUUUGGCGCCACUACUCAGUGCUCUGAAGCGGAAGGACUGAUCCGCACAAGGGUGACUCUGACGCCGGAGCAGACCAUUCUGCCCCUGGUGGAUGAGGCCCUGCAGCACACAACUACCAAAGGCAUUGAUUUUCAAGAUCCAGAGAUUGUUGCCAACAUGGAUCGGGUGAGGCAAGAUCUCCGUUUGGAACCUUUUUAUUGGAAACUUCCAGAGCAAUUUGAAGGAAAGAAGUUGAUGGCCUAUGGUGGAAAACUCAAGUAUACCAUCUACUUUGAGGCAAGAGAAGAGACAGGUUUCUUUACAUAUAAUCCUCAAGUUAUCAUUCGAGGUGGGACUCCAGCUCAUGCUAGGGUUAUCAUCAGGCAUAUGGCUGCUCCUCUAAUCGGCCAACUGACGAGGCAUGAAAUUGAAAUGACAGAGAAAGAGUGGAAAUAUUAUGGUGAUGAUCCUCGAGUCAGUAGAACUGUGACCCGUGAAGACUUCUUGAAUGUACUCUAUGAUAUCCAUUAUAUUCUUAUCAAGGCUACAUAUGGAAAUGUGAUGAGACAAAGCAGCAUUUCCGAAAUCUCAAUGGAAGUCGCUGAACAAGGACGGGUAACAGCAGUGACUCCUGCAGCUCGCUUGAUCGAAAAAUGUGAUUGUCCUCCGGGCUACUCUGGUCUGUCCUGUGAGACAUGCAUACCAGGAUUUUAUCGACUGCGUUCCGGGCCAGGCGGCCGCACCCCUGGGCCAACUCUGGGCACCUGUGUUCCAUGUCAGUGUCAUGGACACAGCAGCCUCUGUGACCCUGAAACCUCCAUCUGCCAGGAUUGCCAGCAUCACACUGCUGGUGACUUCUGUGAACGAUGUGCUCUCGGGUACUAUGGGAUUGUCAAGGGAUUGCCAAAUGACUGUCAGCAGUGUGCUUGCCCUCUGAUUUCUUCCAGCAACAAUUUCAGCCCUUCUUGUGUCAUGGAAGGCCCCGAUGAUUACCGCUGCACGGCUUGUCCACGUGGAUAUGAAGGCCAGUACUGUGAACGGUGUGCCCCUGGCUAUACUGGCAGCCCAAGCAGUCCCAGAGGCUCCUGCCAAGAAUGUGAGUGUGACCCCCAUGGCUCAAUGCCUGUCCCCUGUGAUGCUGUCACAGGGCUCUGCACGUGCCGACCUGGAGCCACGGGGCCGAAGUGUGAUGGCUGCGAGCACUGGCAUGCACGAGAGGGCACGGAGUGUGUUUUUUGCGGAGAUGAGUGCACGGGCAUCCUGCUGGGUGACUUGGCCCGCCUGGAGCAGAUGGCCACAAGCAUCAACCUCACAGGCCCGCUGCCGGCUCCAUACAAGACGCUGUAUGGCCUUGAAAACAUGACGCAGGAACUAAAGCACUUGCUCUCACCUCAGCGGGCCCCAGAGAGGCUCAUUCAGUUGGCAGAGGGCAAUGUGAACACGCUCGUGACGGAAAUGAAUGAGCUUCUGACCAGGGCUACCAAAGUGACGGCAGAUGGCGAGCAGACUGGACAGGAUGCUGAGAGGACCAACACAAGAGCAGACUCCUUAGGAGAGUUCAUUAAGGAACUUGUCCGGGAUGCAGAAGCUGUAAAUGAAAAAGCUAUAAAACUAAAUGAAACUCUAGGAAUUCAAGACAAGGACUUUGAGAGAAAUUUGCAAGGGCUACAGAAAGAGAUUGAUCAGAUGAUGAGCGAAUUGAGGAGGAAAAAUCUAGAUAUGCAGAAAGAAGUUGCUGAAGAUGAGUUGGUGGCUGCGGAAGGCCUGCUGAAGAAAGUGCAGAGGCUGUUUGGAGAGCCCCGAGGGAAAAACGAGGAAGUGGAGAAGGAUCUCGGGGAGAAAUUAACAGACUACAAAAACAAGCUUGAUGAUGCUUGGGACCUCUUGAGAGAAGCCACGGAUAAAAUCAGAGAAGCUAAUCACUUAUCUGCAACAAACCAGAAAAACAUGACUGCUCUGGACAAAAAGAAAGAGGCUAUUGAAAGUGGCAGACGACAAACUGAGAACACUUUAAAAGAAGGCAAAGACAUACUUGAUGAGGCCAACCGUCUUGCAGAUGAAAUCAACUCAGGCAUAGACUAUGUUAAAGACAUUCAAACUAAAUUACCACCCAUGUCUGAGGAGCUGAAAGAUAAAAUAGAUGACCUCUCCCAAGAAAUGAAAGACAGGAAGCUUGCUGAGAGGGUGUCCCAGGCUGAGAGCCAUGCCGCUCAGCUGAAUGACUCAUCUGCUGUCCUUGAUGGAAUCCUUGAUGAGGCUAAGAACAUCUCCUUCAAUGCCACGGCAGCCUUCAAAGCUUACACCAAUAUUAAGGACUAUAUUGAUGAAGCUGAGAAAAUUGCCAAAGAAGCCAAAGGUCUUGCACAAGAAGCUACAAAACUGGCAACAGGUCCUCAGGGUUUAUUAAAGGAAGAUGCUAAAGGUUCUCUUCAGAAAAGCUUCGGGAUUCUUAAUGAAGCCAAGAAAUUAGCAAAUAAUGUAAAAGUAAAUGAUGACCAUUUAAAUGGCUUGAAAGCCAGAUUAGAAGAUGCCGAUGUUAGAAACGGGCAUCUCCUGGGAGCCCUGAAUGACACUCUGGGGAAGGUAUCAGCAAUUCCAGAUGAUACAGCUGCUAAACUACAAGCCGUUAAGGACAAAGCAAGACAAGCGAAUGACACAGCAAAAAAUGUACUGGCGCAGAUUAAAGAUCUCCACCAGAACCUCGAUGGCCUGAAGAAAAAUUAUAAUCAACUAGCAGACAGCGUAGCCAAAACCAAUGCUCUGGUGAAAGAUCCUUCAAAAAACAAAAUCAUUGCAGAUGCAGAUGCCACUGUGAAAAAUCUAGAACAAGAAGCUGAUCGACUGAUCAAUAAACUCAAACCCAUCAAGGAACUAGAGGAUAACCUGAAGAAAAACAUCUCUGAGAUAAAGGAACUGAUAAACCAAGCCCGGAAACAAGCCAAUUCUAUCAAAGUAUCUGUGUCUUCGGGAGGUGACUGCAUCCGAACGUACAAGCCAGAAAUCAAGAAAGGAAGCUACAACAAUAUCAUUGUCAAUGUAAAGACACCUGUUGCUGACAACCUCCUUUUUUAUCUUGGAAGUGCCAAAUUUGUUGACUUUCUGGCUAUAGAAAUGCGUAAAGGCAAAGUAAGCUUUCUCUGGGAUGUUGGAUCUGGAGUUGGACGAGUAGAGUAUCCAGAUUUGACUAUUGAUGACUCGUAUUGGUACCGUAUUGAGGCAUCAAGAACUGGGAGAAAUGGAACCAUUUCUGUGAGGGCCCUGGAUGGACCCAAAGCCAGCAUUCUGCCCAGUACACACCAUUCAGUGUCUCCUCCAGGGUACACGAUUCUAGAUGUGGAUGCAAAUGCAAUGCUCUUCGUUGGCGGCUUGACUGGGAAAUUGAAGAAGGCUGAUGCUGUACAUGUAAUUACAUUCACUGGCUGUAUGGGAGAGACAUACUUUGACAGCAAACCCAUAGGGUUGUGGAAUUUCCGAGAAAUAGAAGGUGACUGCAAAGGAUGUACCGUCAGCCCUCAAGUGGAAGACAGCGAGGGGACAAUUCAGUUUGAUGGAGAAGGCUAUGCGAUGGUCAGCCGCCCCAUUCGCUGGUACCCCAACAUCUCCACAGUCAUGUUCAAGUUCCGAACAUUUUCCUCAAGUGCACUCCUGAUGUACCUUGCCACAAAAGACCUGAAAGAUUUCAUGAGUGUAGAGCUCACUGAUGGGCACAUAAAAGUCAGCUAUGAUCUGGGUUCAGGAAUGGCUUCCGUUGUCAGCAAUCAAAACCAUAAUGAUGGGAAAUGGAAAUCAUUCACCCUCUCAAGAAUUCAAAAACAAGCCAACAUAUCAAUUAUAGAUAUAGACACUAACCAGGAGGAGAACAUAGCAACUUCAUCUCCUGGAAAUAAUUUUGGUCUUGACUUGAAAGCAGAUGACAAAAUAUAUUUUGGUGGUCUGCCAACACUGAGAAACUUGAGUAUGAAAGCAAGGCCAGAAGUAAAUUUGAAGAAAUAUUCUGGCUGCCUCAAAGACAUCGAAAUUUCAAGAACACCAUAUAAUAUACUCAGUAGCCCUGACUAUGUUGGCGUCACCAAAGGAUGUUCGCUGGAGAAUGUUUACACAGUUAGCUUCCCCAAGCCUGGUUUUGUGGAGCUGGCCCCUGUACCGAUUGAUGUGGGAACAGAAAUCAACCUGUCCUUCAGCACUAAAAACGAGUCCGGGAUCAUUCUCUUGGGCAGUGGAGGGACACCGGUGCCCCCUCGAAGAAAACGAAGGCAAACUGGACAGGCCUAUUAUGCGAUAUUCCUGAACAAGGGCCGUCUGGAAGUACAUCUCUCCACAGGUGCACGAACAAUGAGGAAAAUUGUCAUCAAACCAGAGCCGAGUCUGUUUCACGAUGGGAGAGAACAUUCCGUUCAUGUGGAGAGAACUAGAGGCAUCUUUACUGUUCAAGUCGAUGAAGAAAGAAGGCAUAUGCAAAACCUGACAAUAGAACAGGUGAUUGAAGUGAAAAAGCUUUUUGUUGGUGGUGCACCACCUGAGUUUCAACCUUCUUCACUCAGAAAUAUUCCUCCUUUUGAAGGCUGUGUAUGGAACCUUGUUAUUAACUCCAUCCCCAUGGACUUUGCACGGCCUGUAUCCUUCAAAAAUGCAGACAUUGGCCGUUGUGCCCAUCAGAAACCCAGCGAGGAUGGAGAUGGAGAAGUUCCAGCUGAAAUAGUUACCCAGCCAGAGCCGGUUCCCACCCCGGCACUCCCAGCGCCCACCCCAGGCCUGGCACAUGGUCCUUGUGCUGUAGAAUCAGAACCAGCUCUUCUGAUAGGGAGCAAGCAGUUUGGGCUCUCAAAAAACAGUCACAUUGCAAUUGCAUUUGAUGACACCAAAGUAAAAAACCGCCUCACAAUUGAAUUUGAAGUGCGAACCGAAGCCGAAUCAGGCUUGCUUUUCUACAUGGCUCGGAUCAAUCAUGCUGACUUUGCUACAGUUCAGCUGAGAAACGGAUUUCCCUACUUCAGUUACGACUUAGGGAGUGGUGACACCAACACCAUGAUCCCCAUCAAAAUCAAUGAUGGCCAGUGGCACAAGAUUAAGAUUGCGCGAAUUAAGCAAGAAGGAAUUCUUUAUGUGGAUGAUGCCUCCAACAAAACUGUCAGUCCCAAGAAAGCUGAUAUCCUGGAUGUUGUGGGAAUGUUGUAUGUUGGUGGGCUACCCAUCAACUACACUACCCGAAGAAUCGGUCCAGUGACCUACAGCAUUGAUGGCUGCAUCAGGAAUCUCCAGAUGGCAGAGGCCCCUGCUGAUCUUGAACGGCCAACCUCCAGCUUCCAUGUUGGGACAUGUUUUGCAAAUGCUCAGAAAGGAACAUAUUUUGAUGGAACAGGUUUUGCCAAAACAGUUGGUGGGUUCAAAGUGGGAUUGGACCUUCUUGUAGAAUUUGAAUUCCGCACAACUAGAACCACAGGAGUUCUCCUGGGAAUCAGCAGCCAAAAAAUGGAUGGAAUGGGUAUUGAAAUGAUCGAUGAAAAAAUUAUGUUUCAUGUGGACAAUGGCGCUGGCCGAUUCACUGCUGUCUAUGAUGCCGGGGUCCCAGGGCGUCUGUGUGACGGACAAUGGCACAAAGUCAUGGCCAACAAGAUCAAACACCGCCUUGAGCUGACAGUAGAUGGGAACCAGGUGGAAGCCCAGAGCCCAAACCCAGCAUCUACAUCAGCGGACACAAAUGACCCUGUGUUUGUUGGAGGUUUCCCAGAUGACCUUAACCAGUUUGGCCUGACAACCAAUGUUCGGUUCCGAGGUUGCAUCCGGUCCCUGAGGCUCACCAAAGGCACGGGCAAGCCCCUGGAAGUUAAUUUUGCUAAGGCCCUGGAACUCAGGGGCGUUCAACCUGUAUCAUGCCCAGCUAAACAAUAAAAAUAAGUUUAACCCCAAGAAGUUUCUUCAAAACAAGUAUAUCAAGUAAAACAAAUAUAUUUUACCUGUGUAUGUUAUUAAAAGUAAUUUGUGCAUGUAUAUUGAAUUAUUUCUAUAUUCAAAUGGUGCUAAUUCAGACCCCAGACUGAAUUUUAAUUCCAGUUCUUUCUCAAAUCGAUGAAUAUUAAACCACCUAUUUCAUUCUGAA